AUGAGGAAAGUGAAUUUACUGAACCGCUGCACGCGGCUCUUCCUGUUUGGCAUCGUAUUGCUGACCCAGCUCUGUGGCCUAACCACAUUCGUCUACGAUUUGAGGCGGGAACGUUUCUAUCAAUCCAACACACUGAGGGUAUAUUCUGUGCUGGUUCUGCUGCUCCUCAUGGUGCUCAUUGUGGGCAACGUUUGCUCCAUAAUCAGCAGCAACGAGGAAUGGCUUUCCAUGGUGGGAUUUUACGUGAUUCUGGUGGUUCGUGUACAGAAUCUCUUGUACAGCGGGGAAUGCGUUAAACUGCUGAAUGAAAUGCACCGGAUGGUGAGGCAACUCCAGACAAUGGCCCGGCAUCCGAAUAUCUUUCGAGGGCGACAUCUACUGCUGCUCGUGUUGGCUUUUCAUACGCUCAUACGUUCGCUUAUAUCGGCCAUGAGGCGGGACACCAGGCAAACUAUCAUUUUGCUGCUGAUAUUUGCUGUUCUGCUGGCCUUUCUGCUCCAGAUCACGAUCAACAUUUGCCUCUUUGUGGUCCUGAUUGCCUGCUACCAUGAGCUGCACCUCUGCACGCGCCGCAUCUCGAAUGAUGUGAGAAAGCUGCGACAGGCACAGGCGCUGGAGGGUGUACACCUUUCGGUGCUGGUCGAACAACUGCGCUGCAUAACAGAGGAAUUGAUUAUGCUGCGAUCGCAGGUGUUUCACAUCUCUCGGCGACUCAUCAAACACUUUCGUUUCCACUGGCUGUGCGCAUUGGUACACGGAUUUCUACCCUUCACAUUCCUAACAGCCAUCGAUCAGCAGGAUUUCUACUACCUCACCACCUCAGUGCUGAACAUUGUCUUUUAUUUUACGAUAUUUGAGUUGUUGUCAUGGGAAUCACGGCUGUCGCGUAGUUUCUGGCACUUUCACUUGACCAACUAUCAGCCAAGUUUCGACAGAACGAUUGAUGAGCUGGUGCACCAGGAAAUCAAUGAGCGAAUCAAAUUAUCCAUCUAUGGCAUUACGCUGGACAUGAAAUUCCUCAGCCGCCUGCUGUCCAUUUCCAUUUUCUUCAUAUUUGUGAACACACAGAGCUACUGGCAGCAUCAAUGCCAGAUAGAACAUGUUUCGCCUGAUGUAUAA